CAACCUGCAGAAAACCAGAAGGACGCAGAGCUCUGAGCUGAUCAGGGACUCUGCUGUAGAUCUUCCUCCUCCUCUUCCUCUUCCUCCUCCUCCUUUCAGCGGAUGAGCAGCAGCAGUGGAUGCUCUCAGAGCGGAGAACAGCGCUGCAGCUCCAGGAGGAGAACUCUGAGACCAGCCGCCGGACUGCGGGCUCCUCCUCCUCCUCCUCCCUGAGGAACAGACUCACUCUGGAGUUCAGGAUCAAAGCUGAAACUUGUGAGUUCGGAGGACGAACUUUCGGUUCGGCAUGGCGUCUCUGCUGAAUUCCGCCUGCCUCAUCUUCUUGCCUGUUGCUCUGCUUCUCAUGUUGAGUCCAUGUCCUGUCACUGCAGCCUCAACCAGAAGGUGUCACUCUAUCUACAAAGGCUUUGCUCAGUGUCUGAUGGCUCUGGGAGACAGUUUGACUGACACCACACACAAGGAUGAGGAAACCCACGAGAUACACUCCAUCUGCAGGUCUUGGGAUGAGUUUCAUGACUGUGCUAACGUGGCGAUGGCUGGCUGUCCGGAAGAAGCAGCGGCCGUAUGGGAGUCUCUUCGCCAAGAAUCCAAGAAGAUGCAGUUCUCGGGGAACCUUUAUGACAUGUGCUCCAACCGGAACAGCCACCCAGCAGACUCCAUCUCAGCCCACGGCUCCCUGAACCAGGAGGAGAUCAACCAGGAGUCUCUAAAAGGAUGCGCAGAUCAUCCAGCAGGCUCCCUCCAUCUUCUCCAGCUACUGCCUCCUCUCAUACUGCUGCUUAUAUGGAUAUAGAUACUUUGAAGAAAUGUGACUAGUGUAAAUCGAUAAAACUUUGUGUAAUAUUCUCUUUCCCAAGUCCAUAGACUUUCCUCUGCUUCUUCCUCUGCUCUGCCAGAGGUUGCAUAUUUCUAAUUGCAUGCUCAGAUGGCCCAACGGUCCUUUUGAUAACGCAUUUCUAAACUUCAGUUCCGUUUCAUGAAUAUUCUCUGCCAUUUAAUGAGUGUUUCUGUUGGAAAUAUGCUCUGUACUUCUGUUUAAACAGCCCUGCAAACACAUCGUUUUAUAGAUGCUCACUGAAGACACGUGUCUGUCUUUAUGCCCUUGAAAUUUAGCUGUAGGUUUGCAUGUGAUGAUUCCAGAAGGACUGUAAGUUGCUAACUGUGAUAAAAGAAAAGUGUAACAACACAGUCACAAGCAAUGGAUUACUACUACUAAGUAUUUAUGUGAUGCACUCACUUGUUAGUAGAGGCUUUAGGUCUUGGAAAAGCUAAAUUUGUGUUCUUGUCCUUAAAAGUUUACUCUUUGACCUCCGAAAACUGAUGGCAUUGAAGAUUUCUGUUUUUCACCAAAGCAAAAAAAAUGACAAUUAACAGCAAAUAUGUGUAUCCAACCGCAGUUUAAAUAAAAAGUUGUUCCUUUGAAAUAAAGAACUGGUAGCACUAAC